AUGAAAGACAUGGCAGCAGGUCCAGUGUUGCCUGCCAUUCGCCUUGCUGGUGGGAACAGUGGGCACGAAGGUCGAGUGGAACUCUACCACGCUGGCCAGUGGGGGACCAUCUGUGAUGACCAGUGGGACGAUGCAGAUGCAGAAGUCAUCUGCAGGCAGCUGGGUCUCAGUGGCAUAGCCAAAGCAUGGCAUCAGGCACAUUUUGGGGAAGGAUCUGGCCCAAUAUUGUUGGAUGAGGUACGCUGUACCGGGAAUGAGCUGUCAAUUGAGCAAUGUUCGAAGAGCUCCUGGGGAGAGCAUAACUGUGGCCAUAAAGAAGAUGCUGGAGUGUCUUGUGUCCCUCUGACAGAUGGGGCCAUCAGACUCACGGGAGGGCAAAGCGGCCAUGAAGGUCGCUUGGAGGUAUACUAUAAGGGACAGUGGGGAACAGUCUGUGAUGACGGAUGGACUGAGGUGAACACAUUCGUGGCUUGCCGACUGCUGGGAUUUAAAUACGGCAAACAGUCCUCUGUAAACCAUUUUGAAGGCAGCAACAGGCCCAUAUGGCUGGAUGACGUCAGCUGCUCAGGGAAAGAAGCCAGCUUCCUCCAUUGUGCCAGGAGACAGUGGGGAAGGCAUGACUGCAGCCACAGGGAAGAUGUGGGCCUCACCUGCUACCCUGACAGCGAUGGACGCAGGCUUUCUCCAGGUUUUCCUGUCAGACUAAUGGAUGGAGAAAAUAAGAAAGAAGGACGUGUGGAGGUUUUUGUCAAUGGCCAAUGGGGAACAAUUUGCGAUGAUGGAUGGACGGACAAACAUGCAGCUGUGGUCUGCCGGCAGCUUGGCUAUAAGGGCUCUGCCAGAGCAAGGACCAUGGCUUAUUUUGGGGAAGGAAAAGGACCCAUCCACAUGGAUAACGUGAAGUGCACGGGCAAUGAGAAGACCCUGGCUGACUGUGUCAAACAAGCCAUCGGAAGGCACAACUGCCGCCACAGCGAGGAUGCAGGCGUCAUCUGCGACUAUUACGAGAAGAAGGCGUCAAGCAGUGGUCACAAAGAGAUGCUCUCACCAGGGUGCGGACUGAGAUUAUUGCACCGUCGACAGAAGCGGAUCAUUGGUGGGAACAAUUCUUUAAGGGGUUCUUGGCCUUGGCAGGCUUCCCUCCGGCUGAGGUCGUCCCAUGGAGACGGCAGGCUGCUUUGUGGAGCCACCCUUCUGAGUAGCUGCUGGGUCCUGACAGCCGCACACUGUUUCAAAAGGUAUGGUAACAACUCGAGGAGUUACGCAGUUCGAGUUGGGGAUUAUCAUACUUUGGUACCAGAGGAGUAUGAAGAAGAAGUAGGGGUUCAACAGAUUGUGAUUCACAGGAACUAUCGGCCAGACAGCAGUGAUUACGACAUUGCCCUGGUUAGAUUACAAGGAGCAGGGGAACAAUGUGCCAGACUAAACAGCCACGUUUUGCCAGCCUGUCUACCUCUAUGGAGAGAGAGGCCACAGAAAACAGCCUCCAAUUGUCACAUAACAGGAUGGGGAGACACAGGUCGUGCCUACUCAAGAACUCUGCAACAAGCAGCUGUGCCCUUGCUACCCAAGAGGCUUUGUAAAGAGCGUUACAAGGGACUGUUCACGGGGAGAAUGCUCUGUGCUGGAAAUCUCCAAGAAGAUAACCGUGUGGACAGCUGCCAGGGAGACAGUGGAGGACCACUUAUGUGUGAAAGGCCUGAUGAGACCUGGGUUGUGUAUGGGGUGACCUCCUGGGGUUAUGGCUGCGGAAUCAAAGAUACUCCUGGUGUUUAUACCCGAGUCCCUGCCUUUGUCCCUUGGAUAAAAAGUGUUACCAGACUGUAAUUUAUGGGAGGCAUAAGAAACAGUAAAGAAACUGAUGGGAAGUAUUCAAUCUCCGUACCUGGCACCAAGCCAUGGAUGACAACUCCUCCAUUUCUACUUUCUGCCUUUGAGAGAAUCCAGCAGUCUUGGGGUACAGGUACUUCAGUGAAAUUUCAUUCGCCCUCUUGAGUUUCCCCCCAAAUCUUUUUACAAUCACUGAGUUUAUUUGAACUAGGAACUUUAUGAUUAGGUUCUCACAUUUGACCUACUUAAAAUCCACACGAAGACUGGCACAUCACUUUCUCAAAUUCAUUAUCUCCAUAACAUUUGUUAAAUGAAAUCAAGGGCCAGUAAGGAACAAAACUGUAAGCUGGAGUAAAGUCAAGAUACUUACAUCACAAUUUACUUUGAAGUGCCUUAGUAUUAAACAAGGGCUUAGGACAGGUUUUGGCUAGUCAAAAAUUUUAUUUCCCUGUAACUCCGCAGGCAGCUCUCAAACUGCUGGUACUGUUAUACUGCUUUGACUCAAGAGUGCCAUCUACUGGGAUUUUUCGACUAUGCCUACAGAUUUCCCAAGAGUAAGCUGACACAACUUAUGGAUAGUGCAAUACCAUGAAGCGGCAAGCAAGCACCCAGUGACCAUACAACCUACUGACAACUUCAGAAGCCAUUUUAGAAAAGCCAUUCUCAAAU